UCCAGCUCCUGUAGUGGUUGCAGUGACUGUGAAUGGAUCUGGUUAUGCCUCGGAUAUCUUUAGGGACAUCGCAGCCUCAUUUGACGUCCUGCAGAAAGGAAACAUGACUGUGCUUAGCAAGAAAUGUCUCAUGAAGCCUUUGGAGCCAGAUUACAUGAGAUACCUGCUCAUUGGUCUUCUUUAUGGCUUCACUCUGUUUAUUGUGAUUGCCGGUGGCUACGCCAAACGUUUACAGAGAUUUGUGUGUGCCAGGUACCAUCCUGAAAGAGAGAAAAAGAGAAUCCAGUACCUCCACAGGCAUAUUCUCACUCAGCGCGGGUCUUUAGGAAAAGCCCUACUGAGGGCUGUACAACGAAACAGUAUAGACCAGCAACAUGAUGGCAUUAUACUAACAUUGGCCAAACGCCUACCAGGGGGUGCCAUCAUAGCCAGGCUCCUGGAUAUCGGUAAAGAAUCGUGCGUGGCCUGUGGGAUAUUGUUGAAGACGAGAGGUCAUGAUGACGAAGUGCAUAUCUGCCCUACCCCUCGCUGCACAGGCCAUUACUGCUCGCUGUGUUUCAGACUGAUGGGGAAGCUCUGUGCUUUCUGUACGGCACCCCUCACAUUCCACGAGGACCAAGAGCUAGAUUCCAGUGAUGAGGAGCAAGCCAGUUUAUGGGAGACCACUGUAACAUCACCCCAGCCUGGCCAGAGCACAGGAGAGAAAAGAGGAAAAGAGAGGAAAGGAAUAACGAUCAGUAUUUCCAAUCAGGAUCAUUCUAUAUGGAUCAAUGGCCAAACCGGCCAUCAAAAUGUCGAG